AUAGGCGAACCUGGCACACAAAUGACCUUGAAGACCUUCCACUUCGCUGGCGUCGCUUCCAUGAACAUCACCCAGGGAGUACCGCGGGUGAAGGAAAUCAUCAACGCGUCUCGCAACAUUUCCACUCCGAUAAUCACAGCCGAAUUGGUGCACCCGUUUGACCAGGAGUUCGCUAGGAGAGUUAAGGGGCGGAUUGAGAAGACAACCCUAGGAGAGAUAACAAGGCAUAUUGACGAGAUGUACUUGCCCGACGAAUGUUUUCUGCUCAUAACACUGGACGCUGAGCGAAUGCGACUGCUCUCUCUGGAAGUCAGCGUCGAGUCUAUCGUUUACUCGAUGUGCACAUCAAAACUGAAAGUAAAGCCAACGAAUAUACAGAUUGUAUCCGAGUGGGCAAUCAAAGUGCACGCGGAGCCUGCGAAGGGCGGCGGCUGGCUCAACAUGUCGCUGCAUCAAUUGUGCCGAAAUCUACCUAACAUCGUUGUGAAAGGACUGCCGCAGGUUGCUCGAGCCGUUAUUGCGUGCGACGACACCGGAGGCCCUACUAAUUAUAAACUGUGCGUUGAAGGUGACGGGCUGCGUGACGUCAUGGCAACCUAUGGGAUCGAUGGAACGAAAACCACAUCGAAUAAUAUUUUGGAGGUGUUCCACACACUUGGCAUCGAAGCAGCGAAGUCUACAAUAAUCAGCGAGAUCCAAGGUGUGAUGGCCGGUCACGGCAUGUCAGUGGAUCGACGACACGUGCAGCUACUAGCCGGGCAGAUGACCGCGAGGGGGGAAGUGCUGGGUAUCACUCGGUACGGUUUGGCGAGGAUGAAGGAGUCAGUUCUUAAUCUAGCUUCGUUCGAAAAAACUGCCGACCACUUAUUCGACGCUGCCUACUACGGACAACAAGACUGCAUCGAAGGAGUAUCCGAAUCUAUUAUAUUAGGAGUUCCAGCUGCCAUCGGCACCGGCGUCCUGCAAUUAUUACACAGACAUCCGCCAGCAAAAGAGACGCCCAUACGUAGAGAAUUAUUGUUCGAUAGACGAGAGUUUCACAACUCUAUAUGGGAUUGA